UUAUAUUUGUUCGAAAUAAACCGCGACCGCAGUGAGGCGCGACGACCGAAUGAUCGGCUAACACACACAAUGUGUGCAUUUAAUAUAUUUUCUGCAAGACCAGUAAGGGUGCCCAGCAUCAAGAAAAUUUUUCAGUUAAGUGCACGAAUUGGCUGUGACCUCUCAGAGGUCGAGGCAUGUCAGUAUCAAGAUGUGAUGGGCAGCAUGUUGGAAGGUGUUAACAUAGUUGAUGCUAUUCCAGAACCCACUUUACCGGUCAAAUAUCCAAGGACUCCUGGUUAUAGACCACCCGACCAUGAAAAUCUUCACAGAGCAUGGUAUUGGAAAACUAACAUAAUUGGUGCCAAAGAAGGAAUCUUAAAAGACAAGAGAAUAGUGCUGAAAGAUACAAUUGCUGUAGCUGGGGUUCCCAUGAUGGCUGGUUCAUGGCUCACUGAAAACUAUGUCCCAGAGUUUGAUGCCACAGUCACAACCAGAAUCUUGGAUGCAGGUGGUGUAAUUGCUGGAAAAUCAGUUUGUGAAGAUUGGUGUUAUUCUGAUUCAAGCUUCACUGCAGCCAAAGGCCCUGUUCUUAAUCCUGUUGAAAACACUGUGACGGCAGGAGGCUCAAGUUCAGGAAGUGCUGUGUUGGUAGCUACCGGGGAAGUGGACAUGUCGCUUGGAGGUGAUCAAGGAGGCUCGAUUCGUACACCUGCCAGUUGUUGCGGUAUUGUGGGGCUUAAGCCGACCCAUGGGCUAGUUCCAUACACGGGAAUCCUCCCAUUAGACUUUAGCCUUGAUCAUGUUGGUCCGAUGGCAAGAAAAGUGUAUGACUGUGCCUUACUACUUGAGGCGAUAGCAGGCUAUGAUGAUGGUCUCGAUCCAAGACAGCCAGACACAAUUAAGAGUCAUCAAUACACAAAAGAGCUAGGUGGCUCAAGUCUGAAGGGCUUCAGUAUCGGUAUAUUGAAAGAAGGAUUUGAUCAAGAGACCUCUGAUUCAAGAGUAGAUAAAAUGGUAAAGAAGUCUGCAUUUCAACUUAUUUCCCUGGAUGCCAAGGUUGAAGAAGUGUCAGUACCAAUGCAUAUUACUGGCAGAGCGAUAGCCAGCGUUAUUGCACUACAUAGUGUUGUUGACACCAUGCUGCGAGGAGGAAGUGCAGGAACAGGUUACAAAGGAUUCUACCCAACAAGCUGGAUAGAUGCCAUUGGAAGAAGCCUACAGUCUCAGCCCGAUGACCUGCCUCCUAAUGUCAAGGCUUGUUGGAUGCUCGGUGAAUACUUGAAACAUGAAUACCGGAACAAAUACUAUGCAAAAGCACAGAACAUCCGUCGUUUGCUGACAGAGGACUUUGAGAAAGCCUUUGAGAAAUUUGAUGCAAUCGCUAUGCCAACUCUUCCUUUCCUACCGCCUAAGAUGCCAUCAUCUACUUUAACAAUAAAAGAAUACACCUCUGAAGCAUUGUUUGAUAAUUACAAUUUGCAUACAUUCAACGCUACAGGCCAUCCUGCACUUUCCAUUAACGCUGGAUUUGUUGAUGGUCUGCCUGUUGGCAUGAUGCUUGUUGGAAGAAAGUUUGAUGAACAUAACUUGCUGAAAGUUGCAUAUGCUUUCGAAAAGCUUAGGGAUAAGAUAGCAGCACAGUGAUGAGCUGCUAUUGUUGGCAUUUCAUUCUGUUUGAUAAAUGUGACAAUGAUUAUCAAUUAGGGUGUUGUUGAUGUUGAAGAUAAUAAUGGUGAUCAAUGGACUGAUGGUGAUUAUAGGGAUGAUAAUAACAUUUGAACCUCCAGCAUUUAAACUCUUUUGGCAUAUUUCCAUUGUCAAGGAUCAUUCAUGUACAAUUUAGGCUCAAUUUGUGUUUUUGAAUUAUCAUGAUAACAAAUAAUAAAUUUAGUAUAUGGGUUGUGUUAAAUAUCUGACCCUUAAUUUCUGAAAUGUUUUUUUUUUAACAUGUAUAAUUCCUCAUGGAUCAUUUCUGUAAAAUUUCAGCUUAGACAUGAUUUAAAAAUCUGGCCUUUGAUAUUUUACUUUUAACCUUCCACCUUGCAAAUAUUUGUUAGUCUGAAUGGUAACUUGCACUCUUUUUCUUAUUACCAUGACAAGCCUGGUUCAAGUCGAAGUUAAGUCACUUAUCUAAAUCUUGAAAUAUGAUAUGAUUUUCCCUAGUUGAUUUCGAUGCCAAGUUAGAGCCAGAUAAACAGUCAGCCAGCUUCAAGGCAGUCGACGUCACACGGUGGAAAGGCUUGCUUAAUAAAACAGCUGCUGUAUUUUACGAACCUCUAGUACCAAGUGGUAUUUGUAAAAAAAACUGACAAAAUUUGUAAACUACUUUAGAUCUGGUGUCAGUUUCCACUACCUAGCCUAGCCAACCAGUACAAACCAAACGACAGUGCAGCAGCGUGUUCUAUUUUAAUUGCUAGCAUUCUCCCAUUUAACAAAAUAUUGUUUUAAUUUUCAUUAAAACGUCCUGUAUACCUUA